AUUAAUUUAAAUUUAACAAAAAUCACAUUUUUAACAUUAUUAAUUUUUAGAACUUUAAUAUCUAUCUCAUCAUCAAACUGAUUAUCAAUAUGAAUAGGUUUAGAAUUAAAUCUAUUUUCUAUUAUUCCAAUUAUAAAUUUUAAAUCAUCAAUUUAUUCAAUUGAAGCUACAAUAAAAUAUUUUUUAAUUCAAGCUUUUGCCUCAAUUAUUUUAUUAAUUUUCUUAAUUAACAAAAAUUUAUUAUUUUUAAAUAAUAAUAAUUUAUUAAUUAUAAUACCAUUAAUAAUAAAAUUAAGCUUAAUACCAUUUCAUUUAUGAUUACCUUCAAUAUUAGAAGGAUUAAAUUGAUUUUCAUGUUUAUUAAUAAUAACUUGACAAAAAAUUACACCUUUAAUUAUAAUUUCAUAUUUAAAUAUUGAUAAGAAUAUAAUUUUCUUAAUUACUUUAUUAUCAAUAAAUUCAAUUUUUGGUUUAAAUCAAAAUUCAAUACGAAAAAUUUUAGCUAUAUCAUCAAUUAAUAAUACUACAUGAAUAUUAUUUGCAAUUUUAAUAAAUGAAAAAUUAUGAAUAAAUUAUUUUUUAAUUUAUUCAAUUUUAAAUUUUUUAAUUAUUAAAAUAUUAAAUAAUUACAAUAUUAAUUAUAUUAAUCAAUUAAAAUUUUUUAAUUUAAAUUUUUUUUUUAAAUUAAAUAUAUUAAUAUUAAUUUUCUCAAUUAUAGGUUUACCUCCUAUAUUAGGAUUUUUAAUAAAAUGAAUAUUAAUUAAAAAUUUAAUAUACAAUAACUUAUAUUUUACAAUAAUAAUAUUGAUUAUUUUAACUAUUUUAAAUUUAAUAUUUUAUUUAAAAAUAACCUAUUUUCUUUUAUUUAAUUUUAACUUAAUAAAUAAAUGAUAUUUACAAUUUAAAAAAAACAAAUAUAAUUUUUUUAUAUUAAUUAAUUUUUUUAGAUUAUUUUUUAGUUACUUAUUUAUUUAUU